GGUACACACACGAGUUCGAGUAGUAACAGUAAUAAAGUAAUUAAAUUUUAACUAAAAUGUAUAAAGUCUGUAGUUUAUGUACUUUCCUUUACUUUGUAAUUUUAAUGGCUACCUGUAGUUGUUGGGUGAUGACAGACGUAGAUGGUGACUAUUUAGACCUUGAAUACGGUAUACCGGAAGAGGACUUGCAGGGAAUAAGCAAUUCUGACCUGCCACAGAGGAGAUUCAGCCUCAUUUUUCCUGGUACGAAAUGGUGCGGGGCUGGUAACGUGGCAGACGACUACGAAGACCUAGGAUCCGAACGGGAGACAGACAUGUGUUGCCGGGAUCACGACAACUGUCCUGACCUCAUACUGGCGGGAGAAACCAAGAAUAACCUGACCAACUCAGCUUUCUACACCAGGUUAAGUUGCGAAUGCGAUGAAGGGUUUCGAAAAUGUCUCCACGAUGCGAACAGCACCACAGCCAAACGCAUCGGAGUUAUUUAUUUCAAUGCACUGGGGACAAAAUGCUACCGGAAGGAUUAUCCGAUUGUGAAAUGCACAAUGCGAGGAGGUUGGUUCAAGAGGAAAUGUUUACGAUACGACGUCGAUAUGAAUGAGGAUCAGAUAUACCAAUGGUUCGACGUGAAUAACUAUUGAUAGCCGAUGAUGAAUCAAUAGUAAUAGAACUAAUAGAAGAAGAAAUCAUUAAUAAUUUAUAAAUGAACUGGGAACAAAACACGCACGAUCAUCCGGCCUCAAAUUAGGACUACCCGUGUUAUGGAUACCAGAGACUGACAUACAUACUUAUAUACACUUAAAUAUAUACAUACAUAGAUAAUAAAAACUCAGAAAAAGAGUAAACAAACCUGUUCAUCACACGAAUGUUUGCCUGAUGUGGGAAUCGAACCCAGGACCCUCGGCACAAAAGUCAGACGCGCUAAUUAAUGCACCAUCGAGUC